UAUUUGCAUAUUCACAGUUUGGGAGGCAAGGUAUAGACGCACUACAGCGCAAACUAGAGCAAAGCUCGUAGGUUUUCAAGCGAAAGUGUUGGCUUCACUCACACUUGACGAUGUCUUUUUACAAUCCUCAGCAAGCAGAAAUCUGAGCUAGAGAAUGCAAGUCGACGUUCACAGUUUUUCACGGAAAAUUCUCUGUCGAAGCCAUUGCGACAGUUGCAAAAAAGUCAUCCGAUUUCUUGGGGUGCGUUGCCAGGAUUGCAGGUUGAAAUAUCACCAACAUUGCUCGACAUCUCCUUCAGCGGAGUGCGAUCGUCGAUGCCGAAAACAUCAUGCCGGAAAAACAAGAGCUAACCGAUUUUGGCGAAAAAGGCAGAAUGCUUGUGGGAAGUGGUCAUUACAUCACGUCACCCUGGAACAACUCGCUCGGAAAGGAACACAACAAACAAUUGUACCCUUAAGUGCUAAAGGUAAAAUCCGACAAAAACUUAUCAAUGGACUAUACGAGUCCUUCUGUUACAGCCCGAGGCAUGCUCUCGAUUUUCGACCGAAUAACUCGGAUGAAUUACAAGGGACACCGCUCACGGUAACAAUUGAGCGACAUCCUUCACCGGAAAGGUAUUACCCUUCACGAAUUUGUGAAAACCUGACCACAAUAGACCAAGACGACGCGGUUAACGAAAAUCUUUUGGCAAGCUCCAACUGGCACCGUGCAAACUCUUGGUCAACAUCAGCUAGUUGUGCAUAUUCUUCCGGCUAUUCGUCUGCGAAUACAUCGUGUCCUUCUUCAGCUAAUUCACACCGCAGUACCUCGCCUACACCAGAUUUUUCCAACAUUAAACUUUUAAGCGCAACUUUAGAGGAUUACAACGGUGAAAAUAACAGUUUUUCAGAGGAUGGCGGUCUAGGGAUUGGUACUGACGAUGUGGAUUUAGGAGAUGAGUAUUUAACAGAACCUUGCGAUUUUUUUGCUACUUGGCCUCAAAAGAACAGAAUGCAAGACAAGCACAGAGUCAACAAGCGAAUAUUUUCCGCUGAUGACUUCCAGGCAUUUAGGUAUCACGAACCACUACCCACGGUAAAUAAAAGCUUGAAAAGAGAUGAGCAGGAUGAAGAGGAUAUCAAGAAAUCUCUUCGAGAAUGGAGCAUCCCUUAUUCAGACUUACAGUUUGGGGAAAUAGUGGGUGUCAGCCCCAAAGGAUAUGUUUACAAGGGGAGAUGGCAUGGGGACAUCAUGAUUCACACGCGGCGGAGGUCAACGAAAGAAGACGUCGAGGAAUUCCUUAACGAAGUGUCUGUGUUGAGUAUGAUCAGACAUGAAAAUGUUGUUCUCUUCAUGGGCGCGUGUCUUGAACCACCCAACCUUGCAGUCAUCACCAGUGUAAGAAGAGGUUUAUCACUCUACAACCAUCUUCAUGUACGGCAGGAUUUGUUCUCAUGGCAGUUUAAGAUUUCUAUUGCGAAGCAAAUAGCACAGGGUAUGAGCUAUCUUCAUGCAAAAGGCAUCGUUCUCCCGGCCCUUACCACCAUGAACGUGUUUCUAGAGUCCAAAGUCAAGCUCUGUGUUUCAGGAUAUUGCAACAGGACAACACGAGUUGAAAGGGAGGGAUAUGCCAGCAUACCACAAGGACACCUGACAUACCUGGCUCCAGAGCUCAUGCGCACACUUUCAAGGAAAGGCUGUGUUUUAUCCACAGAGGAAAAGAACUCUGACUGGUCAAACGUGUAUGCGUAUAGCACGAUCCUGUACGAGAUUUUAACUGGCAGAUGGCCCUUAAACUUCCCAACACAUUCCAUCAUAUGGAUGAUCGGCAAAGGAAAACAAGAAAGCGUUGCACAUCUACAGUGCCCGGAAUCCUUCAAGAAACUUAUAAAAGACUGUUGGAGUAACAACCCUAAAAGCCGACCGGAAUUCAGCCGGAUCGCUGAGUUUCUUCAGCAACAGAACGUCCCUCCAGAGCUUGCUCGUAGAAGAAUCAGCUUCUCGGAGCCGGAAAAAAUGAACUUUGUUGGCCGUAAGAUGAAUACGUUAUCUAUAAAGUAAUUCCUGCUGCCAAACAUGUCGGCAUCAUUCGGCCGAAUAGCCGCAGUGAUUAUGCUUUAAAAUGAUCACUUCGAGCAAGUUUACCACAGCAUACUUCCAUACGUAUUUGAAAAGGUGUAAUGCUGUUGGAAGCGUUCGACAAUAACUUAGGCCAAUAGUUAUUGUUCUUGCGAGAUGAAGAGCUUUCGGCAUAUUUGUAAAAUACUGAGUGGUGUUUCAACUCAGGGGGUUACCGUGCAUGGGACAUCCUCGCUGCUUCAUCGAUAAUAGAACACUCCACGAAUAUUUUGGCCAGUAAAAAUUAUUUGUAGACGAUAAUCAUGGGUGCUCCCAAAGUUUUCAGAUUACCUUCGUUUGAAAUUCAGUUUUUUUAUCUUCAUACCUUUUCAUGUUCAAACUUUCUGGGGCUGAACAAUCAGAGAAAACUAAGAGUCUUGUAAAUUCAAAGCUAUUAGGCCAAAGCAGGUGCCUCUAUGUUUAAGCGACAAGUUUACAUUUGAUAAAGAAAAAGCAAAAAGGAAAUAAUAGUGCAUACCGUAUAUGCCUUUGCUCCAAGCAUGAAGACAGCUGUCGCUACAAAAACAAUGAUUUGUGAUUUAUAUGUGAUAUUUUUUAACUUAUAUCGGGGUAUUUUAGUAAGAAAAACAACUAAUAAGCAUCAAAAGGUCUAUAAAAAGGGCUGAUCAUUAGAAUCGAUUGAACUACUGAAAUCAAAAGACUUGUUUUGACACAUCAGUAUGUAGAGAAUACUUUCAUCUUUUAUACUUUAUUUGAUAUUGACCGGCAUUGUUGCCUUUGCAUUACUAUUGUAGUUUUGUAUAUUUUAUGAAAGUUUAAUUCUUUUUAUCUUUAUGUCCACGAGGCGAACUUCGCCCUGUGUAACGCACACAUUUUUUCGUAUUGACGGCCCCUGUCGCUCUAGGGAAGGAAUAAAAUGGUAGAACCUUGAAAGUAUCAGCAGAAAAAAGACUUGGAUUAUCCGAUGAAAUGUUUUGAAUACAUAUUUAGUGCUUUACUUGCGAGGUUCAACAUUGUGAUACUGUUCCACCAGCAUCAUUGGUGGCCAUAGCAUUUAAACUAAUGCAGUUUAAUUCAAGUUUAUCGCGAUAAGUUACUGACCGGUUCGUAUCAAAGCUGCAUCAGGCGCUCAAGUCUUAGUAUGUGGCAAACCCUACUGUUUCUGUUAACAAAGUGAGUUAAAACUUUGAGGCACAAGAGAAACGGGUGACCCAGGUAAGGGGAGGUUGAACGGAAAUUUUGCGAUAUGUUCCCUAUAUGUCCUAAACCAAAGAUUCACACGGCAGUGUUUAGUGGGACUCGUGUCAAAGGGAAUCAUUUUUACUCAAAUACAAAAAUAUUUUUAUCGGUUGUAACUUCGUCCAACAUUUGAGAACAUGUUUUUUUUAUACAGGUACUAUGAUUACUUUUUAAAUUUUGUGGGGGGAUCGUGUAGUGACUUCAUCCAACAAUUGAGAGCAUGUUUUUUUUAUGGUACAUUUUUUUCUUUAGGAUGCAAAUUUAGCACUUUUUAAAUUUUGUAGGGUAUCGUUUAUAGCGACGCAAGGUUCUGUCUCACUUCCCCAUGGGGUUUCUCCGUGUAUUGAUAUUUUUCGGGCGGCUUCCCACCUCCCCUUAGAGGUAGGUCAAGUUCACUGAGUUUCUAAAAGACGUUGAAUGAAGGGAUUAAUUUUUUGUUUGUUGUACUGAUCUCAAGUGCUGGCCACUUGAUAAAACUUCUCCGACUUGCAGGCAAUGAAAGAGAACUUGAUCAACCAACAAACAAACAACAUGUGAAGAAACAAGAUAUGAUUAAGUUAUAGGAUGAGCGACAAUUGAUAGUUGAAAAUGUUAUCGCUAUGAUCCUCUUCUCUUGAUUAGCUAUUCUUCUUGUGCUGGAAUCGCAUAGGGUGAGGGUAGGGUUUGGGGUACACUGCUGAUAUAAAAGUGACGGGGAUGUGAAGAAAUAUCGAUGCAACAUUCUCAGGCCUUGUUGUAACGUCUUACUCGUAAUGAACCGGUUUGGACUGAACGAAAUAGCUAUGGUACAGAGUUGAAUGGCUGCGUUUGAAGUGAUCCUUUUUGAAGUAAGGAAUUCGUGUUUUUAAAAACAAUCUUCAUUUGUUUCUCCGUCACUUUGACUUCUCAGUUUUGUUAAAGAAAUAGUUGAAUAGCAGGACGUGAUGUUUACUAUGUAAACUUUGAUUGAAAAUCAAUCUCAAGUAAGCUGUUACAUCGCCGAAAACAUAUUUUGUUGUCGUUUUCGGCUGGUUUACGAAUUUCAGUUUUAUUUCUUUGACACUUUUUGCAUAUAGCAGAUCAGCUUCUUUUCUCGUGAAUGCAUGACGAUUGUGGACAUGUGUAACUGAUUUAUUGAGUAACUGGUUAAUUGAAAGCCUGAAAUUAUUGUAUAAAGAAAUCUUAAAUAAAAAGUUUGAAAGGAG